UCGUGUUAGAUUGUGGUUUGAAAGUACUUUUCAAGAAGCUCGUCUUGAUCGAUAAUUAUCGCGUUUGAUACAGUAAACCACAAUGAAGAAGCUUGCGUUAUUUUUACAAUUCGUAUUCCUCGUUUCGCUUACGAAUGGAUUUACAAACGUUUACCCUAAACCGAGGAAUGUUCCUCCCUCGAAUAUGGCAGACGCUGGAGAACCUCUUUUUCUGACACCGCUUAUCGAAAGCGGACAAAUAGAUGAGGCUCGUUACAAAGCCAUAGUGCAACAUAAAGAAAUGCUCGAUGUCAGCAGCUACGCCGGUUACUUUACUGUUAAUAAAGAGUACAAAUCGAACAUGUUCUUUUGGUUUUUCCCAGCUUUGCAUGAUCCUAAGACUGCUCCUAUAGUAUUGUGGCUACAGGGUGGCCCUGGAGCCACUUCCAUGUUUGGUUUAUUCUUGGAAAAUGGUCCAUUCUAUAUAACAUCAAAUAAAACCCUUGAAAUGCGUAAAUACUCUUGGAGCAAGACCCACAAUAUGCUUUAUCUUGAUAAUCCAGUUGGCACUGGAUUUAGUUUCACUGAGGAUGAAAGGGGAUAUGCUAUAAAUGAGACAGAUGUGGGGAGGGAUGUACAUACUGCAUUGGUUCAAUUCUUUAAGCUAUUUGGAGAACUUCAAAGCAAUGACUUUUAUGUUACUGGUGAAUCUUAUGGUGGAAAAUAUGUACCUGCUGUGUCUCAUGCUAUCAAAGAUUACAAUAUCAAAGCACAGACAAAGAUUAAUUUGAAGGGUUUGGCAAUUGGAAAUGGGUUAACCGAUCCACUUAAUCAGUUGCACUACGGAGAUUAUUUAUAUCAAUUAGGAUUAGUUGAUAAAAAUGGAAGGGACUUGUUCCACAAAUAUGAACAGAAGGGUAGAGAUUUGAUUGUACAAGAGAAAUAUGUGGAAGCUUUCAACGUGUUUGAUGAGCUUCUUGAUGGUGAUAUGACCAAUGAGCCUUCAUUGUACACAAACUUAACUGGCUUUAAGUAUUACUUCAACUACUUACGUACUCAAGAUACAAACGAAUCUGACUAUAUGGUGGAAUGGCUUCAAAGGGCAGAUAUUAGAAAGGCUAUACAUGUUGGCAAUUGCACGUUUAAUGUUGAAUCUAAGAUAGUAGAAGAUCAUUUGAAACCUGAUGUUAUGAAAUCUAUAGCAGUUCUUGUGGCAGAUCUUACUCAACACUACAAAGUCUUAUUAUACAAUGGGCAACUUGAUAUUAUAGUUGCAUAUCCACUGACAGAAAAUUACCUACAGCAGUUGAAAUGGCCUGGUGCAGAGAAAUACAAAACAGCCCAGAGGAAACAGUGGUGGGUUGAAAAGGAAUUAGCUGGUUACUCGAAGACUGUUGAUAACCUGACAGAGGUCUUGGUAAGAAAUGCUGGACACAUGGUUCCUUCUGAUCAGCCAAAAUGGGCCUUCGAUCUCAUUUCCCGUUUUACACAUAAUAAAGGCUUCUAAAUAUUUUCAUUCAUCAUCUUAUCAGACAUGUGAUAAUUCCUAUAUCUAUAUUUGCUACAUAAAAUCGUAAGG